AUGGCGUUCAACGCGAUGGUCGACAUGUUUUACUCGCUAGCUCAUGGAAUUGUGGUACCAGUAAGUUGCUCACGACAAAAUCAAAGCUGAAUUUAGAGCGCAGUGGUAGCCACAGCAACCACAGCCUACUUUACGAUGGAAAAUCCUUACUUGCAAAACAUUUCGACGCUCACUGUUCAAAUUGCCGCCUUUUUUCAAGUCGUCGCGGUUCUUUGCUCCGUGCCUUGUAAUACGGUUCAUUUUUACUAUCGCUAUCGGUUGCUGUGCAAGGGCGAUAUAUGGAGUAAACGGAGGUAUCUGGCGGCCUAUGGGAUGGCGCUGGCGGUCAUAUUAGGUAUUGCGUUAUUGUCCUGCAUUCCGGCAAAUGUUGCGAAUGACAGAAGCAAAAAGGAGCUGGUGGCGAUUGGUGGAGAGAUUCGGCCGCAUGUCAUUGUGACACUGGUAAGGUUGUGUACAAGUAUUGUUUUGGUCCUGGCGAAGAGACAGCGUCACGACUCUUGCGGGUAACCACUCUGCGGGCAGCCGACAUUUGCCGAUUAAGAUUACGCUUUUUCUACCGUAAUCUAUAACAGAAAAUAUUGCAUUGGUAACUCCCCAGUACUGCAGUACUGAGAAGUACACGAAUCUAUUCAUCCCUCACUUUCAAAGUUAUAGGAACUUGUUUUUGAAAAUGGUUUCUGAACCUUUAAAAAUUCCCGGUUAACCUUAUUGUAGCUAUUCAAGCCACUGAUACACCUGGAAACUUAACUCGCAUUAUCUAACUGUUAAAUAAAACGUUUGAAUUUCCUUUUGUAAGCAAAUGUUGGCUGAUUUCCACAAAAAAUGCCAGCAGAACGUCUGUGGUUCUUCUAGCUGCCCGCAAAGUGGUGUGGUCCCGCCGAUGAGACUCUCGGCCAGUCCCCUUUUCAGUCUGUCGGGAAAAUAAUGAGCACGCUGACGCAUCGAAAAUCGCAUGAAAAUGAAUUGCGUUGCGACAAAAUCAAACUGCUUUCCACCUGGCGGAACUAUCGGCGCAUGGACAUUCAUUUCUUCAAACAUUGCUCAUUAUUUUCCCGACAUACUGAUAUUCUGCCUUCGUUUUUACAAAACCUGCAGCCUUUCUAACCGUCUCGUUUUCAGAACGACCCAAUUGUUUUGCUCUGCAUGUUCGGCUGUCAGCUGAUGUUCGUUGUCGAAUACGGGGUUAUGAUUUUUUGCGGCCAACGAAUUAUACACCAAGCUCGACAAGGGAUCCGUGCGGCGACAAUUUCCACACAAAAAGCGCAAAAACAUCUGAUCACGUUGAUGAUUUUGCAGGUAGGCAUUAUCAUCAAUAAACACGGCCAUUCCUUUACGCCUUUUUUCCAAAAUAUCAGCAAAUUUCAGGCGGCGUAUCCGUUGAUUCUGUACUUUAUUCCAUUCGUCUACAUUAUGAUCAUAAUUUUGAUGGGUAUCAAAUUUCAAAGCGCCAGCUAUAUCGCCGGCUUAUCUGUGCAAUUAUUAUCGCCUCUAAAUUCAAUAUCGGUGCUCACGCUGAUCCCGGCGUACCGUAGAGCCUUCACCAAGAAGUCAUCAGCAACUUCUGGACAGUUGUUUUUUUCUGUUAGUCGAUAA